AUGUCUGUCAUACGAGAAACUGUUUGUGGCGUCAACACUCAGCUUGAUCGCCUUCAGCAACAGAUCUCAAGCCCACAGAGAUUAGAAGCCACAGCUUUAUCCAACGAAUCUCUUGAGUCAAUUGGUCAACUGCAAGAUCUCAUCAACUCCAUCUCCGUGACUUCCAAGACCCAAUCGCUUCUACCUCCUAGUCGGUUGGCAGAUUUACUUUCGGGAACUUUAUUACAGAUCACUCUCCGUGGAGGAAGCAGUGCACAACUGUCAGACCAUGUGUGGAUAGUGGCUGCAAAGGCCGCCAUUCAGGCAUCAGGACUGGUCAUGAACACUCUCUUGGAUCAAACACUUCAACUGCACGAUGAGACCUAUUAUUGGGGCGAGAUGCUGGGGUCUGUAUGGUAUAGCAGUCUGUAUACCGUUCAGAAAUUCCCAGCACAAUUCUGCAGGUGGACGAAGGAUGCAUGCGCCGCUCAGAUCUAUCAAGAAGCCCCAUCCAUCACUGCCAGAUGGUCCCGGUUUUACCAGAUUGCCCGCCAAACUGCUUGGAAUCUCGGAGGACACUCCAUAGGUGCCAAUUUGCUAUCCCCAGUUAGAUCAUCCCGAGCAGAAAUGCGGCAGAAACGAGACUUGCUCCUGAAAAUGAAAGACCUCCAUACCAGCAGCCUGGGUCUUUUGAUGGAGGGAUGGCAUCUUUUCGAAGCGAAUGACUCCGCGAGUUUAAGCCCCGGAACUAUCAACACCCAAUGGUGCGAUGCAGUUCACAGAGCGGUGGUUUUAAUUGAAGCCAUCUUUCAUCAUAUAGCACUUGAACCUAGCACUCACGAAUUGGAACAGGGAGUAUUCGCCACUCUGGAGAGGGAUAUGGAUGACACUAGAAUGCACACACAAAACGACGAUCCCGUGCAUAAACCUUUGGAUCUGAUCGAGCGACUUGUGCGUGUCCUUCGAGGGAAGUUGCCAAACCAUACCACUUCAAUGUCUUUAUUUAUUCGUCGCCACGGGCGCCCUUCAUUCAUAGUCCGUUAUUGGCUACCAGUCUCAGCCGCUCUCCUUUCAGGAAGUGCAUCAAUGAGAUUUUUGGCCAACCGACAAGAGGAAAUCAUCCAGUCGAUUGUCGAUAUCGGUUCGACCACUAUCGAUUUCUGGGGUAAUUGGGUUGUUCAUCCAAUCCGAAAUCUCAUUGGGACGAUCAGACAUGACGAAAAAAGCGAGAUUGCGAUAAUGAGCAAGAAUAGCCUACUGGCUGAUCGGGAAAGUCUAGAGAGAAUGGUAGUGGACUUUGUCCGCGAUCGCCCGGAUCUUCACCAGGGUGCGGUGGCGGAUACCACCGCCAUCGUUAAUUCUGUCAAGGAGGGUGAUUUGACCCCCGUUCUCAAAGCAUAUGAAAGGGACCUGCGGUCGCCAUUCGUUGGAACUGUUAGAGGCGAUCUUGUCCGUGCCCUUUUGAUCCAGAUCCAGAAGACGAAGGUCGACGUGGAAAUUGCCAUUAGUGGUAUUGAUGCUUUGCUGAAGAGCCAGGAGCUUGUAUUUGGAUUUGUUGGGUUGACUCCUGGGAUCUUGGUUUCCUUUGCAACUAUGAGGUGGCUAGGUGGUCUUCUCGGUAGCCGACGAGGAUUGCGAAGAGGCAAGCAGCGACAUGAAUUGAGACGUGGAUUGCGGAAUGUGGCCCGGAUUUUGACUUCUUCUACGGUUUUACCCAAUGGGACUGUCCCUUACAAGGACGCUGGCCAAUUGAUUUGUGAGGCAGAGGCUCUUCUUCUGCAUGUUAAGAUAAUAUUUGGGAGCAUGCAGUACGAAGAGUUCCGAGAAGACAUCCAGGACCUCUUGAAUGUUCAGGAUGGAGUGGACAAGCAACUUCGCGUGAUCGAAAGGAUGAGAUGGGCGUAUUUCCAAUAG